GUGCAAGAACUUCAGAAGCGGUACCGUAUAAUUCUUGGAGUAACAAACGCUUGCUGAGUAAUAUUUAUGACUAAAUCUGGCAUGGCGGAGGAUUCGAAAGAGUUUAAAGUGGACUUUACAUUGCGGGAGCUGGAUAUCUCGUGUCAACCCGAAGAAGCGGCUGUUCCCGGCAGCUCGUCAGCGGUGGAGUUGCGGGACAACCGGCUGGUGUGCGUGGAAUACCCGGCGGUGUUCACCAGUGUGGACAAGAUGCUGGAAACUCUGGGAGGUGAACAUACGGUGUCCAAGACAUACACUAAUCCCAACAAGCGACUGGAGCUGCGAUACAGACCUCAGGACCCGUUCUGUCAUUGUCUGUUUGGGAACCGGCUCUCAUCCACCAACCUCCUCUUACGAGUGCGGCGGCGGGUGCGAAAAAAUGACCCGAAGGAUGCUCAGAUGCACAUGGAGAUACUUGGAGUGAUCGGAACAACGUACAAAUUCCAAGGGCUGGCUGACUUUCAGUGUCUCGCUGUGCAUUCACAAGAUGGAAAAUCCACGUCUUUGUAUGACAGAAUUAUCCUCAGAAAAUCAGAAAAUCAGGACUUCUUUCAUCAGUCCAUGCCGUAUUUCCUUCCCCCGGCUAUCUUCUCACGUCUUGACAGUCCUGUGGAUUAUUUCUACCGGCCUGACACCAGUCACGGCCAAGCAUCCAUCCUUAAGAAAAACGUGAUCGGGUUGAAUCGUGCUCGCCGCCCUCACAACGCCAUCUUUGUCAGCUUCACCGACGCCACCGUGCCCUCAGAGUGCCUCGGGGCAGCCAGAGCCAACUGGGAACGAAUCAGCGUGAAUGACUUUGAUAAACGGAAUGAAGAACAUGUAAGAAAGAUGUUUGAGAGCCGGCCCAUCUGGUCUCGGAACGGAGUCAAGGCCAACAUGAACAUCCACCCGGAAAAACUGAAGCUGCUGCUGCCCGUCGUUGCUUAUUACAUGUUGACAGGACCAUGGAGAAGUCUGUGGGUGAGGCUCGGCUAUGACCCACGAAAGACCACUGAGUCUAAGAUAUACCAGAUGCUGGACUACAGGAUCCGCUGCAACAGGAGGGAUGGGUAUACAUUGUCUGACAUGCCAGUGAAAGCUAAGAGGAGUUCACUCAACUACAGCCUACAGAUCACACUCAAUAAAGCAGUUCCUCAGGUACCAAAUGUGAUGGAGCUUCCGGAUCAACAGGGUUGUCAAGAGAUGAUUCCUGCAAAAUUCCAGCUGAAGGAAUCAUCCUACAUUUUCAGAGAGGGCAUGCUGCCUCCUCACAGACAGAUGUUUUAUCAGCUUUGUGAUUUAGACGUGGAAAGCAUCAGACAAGUGAUUCGUCAAAAUGAUGGGAAGGAAACAGAAUGUGACGAGCGAGAUGGCUGGUGCCUGCCUGGUACCACCUACAAAUUGAGGAACAUAAUCUCAGAGAUGGUAAAGCGUGUCAUCGAAGCAAAUAAACCAAAAUUAUCAAAACUAACUCGCCGGAGACAGAUUGGUCAAAAUAUGGACGUCCCGGAGAGAGCUGUGGAUGAAGAUCAGGAAGAGGAUGAAGAAGAAGAGGAGGAUGAGGAUGAUGAUGAGUUUCAGCCAUCAGAGGGAAGUGAAAAUGAGAUGGAGACUGAAAUGUUGGAUUACAUGUGACAAGACGACAUUUUGACUGUGAGCUCCCUGAGCGUUUGUCAUUGUUCUCUGCACUUUUCUUUUCUCUGUAAAAUAUAAAUAUGAAUUUGUGAGUUAAAUGUUGGAAUAAAAAUGUAACAUU